UUUGGAGGAAUUUAGGCAUUUUUCUUUUUGGUAGGCAGGAGGCAUUUAGAGAAUCCCCUUUCUGUUGGAAAGAGCAGAGCUGCACCAACCCCUGCCUUGUUUCCAAAGGUUUCUAAGUUGAAAGCAGGGGAGUGGGUGGUUUUUUUGGUUAAAGGGGGGGGGGGUGAAGGACCACCCCUGGAUCUAACAUCUGCCUCUCAAAAGGGCCUGCCUCCAGACGGUGCUGAGCCUUAUGCAAGCGGGAUAAUUGAAACGGAGGAAGGAAAGAAGGGAGGAAGGAAGGGGGCGUUGGAUGAACUCUUUCGAAAAUUACUUUUCCCGGCGGGUCCAGCUCCCUUCUCCUCAACCGAUCUCGGGCGGCGCGGAGCCCUUUGCCACCAGGAAUUAAAGCCUAAGCUUCGGGAGGGGGCGCCGGCGGCAACGCGAGGGAGCGGAGCGGAGCAGAGCAGCUUCCCGCGGGGCCGUUUUCCGCUCUCCGCGGCCUCCCUUCGCCCCGCACCCAGGCAUGGACCCUCCGCGCCGGCUGCCGUGGCCGCCGCUCCUCGCGCUCCUGGUCCUGCUGCCCUCCGGCCGGGGACAAGAAGCAUCGGUGGAGACCUGCUGCUCCCGUGGAUAUGAAUGGGCGAGUCAGAAGAAAGACUGUAGGCUUCUCCCUUCAGAUCUGGAUUCCAAGGAAUGCAGGAUAGCCCAGGAACAGUGCUGCCUCAGUCAGCUGGAGGAGCUGCAUUGCACAACUGGAAUGGCCAUUGCCAGCAAGCAAGAAGAUUGUGACUUGCCGAGGGAAAAUUCCACCUGUGAAGACAAGAUCAUCAGGAAAUGUUGUCACUGCUGCUUUUUGGGGAAGGAGGCGCAGAAACAAGGCCACAGCUGUGAACAGAGCCUCUUCAUGGGCUACCAGUGUGGACUGGUGUUCAGAGCUUGCUGUGUCGAAGGGCAAGAAAGCUUGGAUGCUGUGAUCGUUGACAAUCCUAACAAAGAAGUAGUGGAAGUUAACCUUGAGGAUCAUUAUCUGAACGACCGGUGCAGAGGUGGAGGUCCUUGUACCCAGCAGUGUAGGGACACAGGAACCAGUGUCCUCUGCUCUUGCUUCAUGGGCUACCAGCUUCAGCGGGAUGGCUUCACUUGUGAAGAUAUUAACGAGUGCAUCACGUCAGCCAACACCUGCAGCAUCGGGCAGAUCUGUGUCAAUACUGUGGGCUCUUUCCGCUGCCAGCGGGAGACCAGUUGUGGGACGGGUUAUGAACUGACAGAGCACAAUCUCUGCAAAGAUAUUGACGAGUGUGAGACUGGUAUUCAUAACUGCCUCCCCGAUUUUAUCUGUCAGAAUACGCCAGGAUCAUUCCGUUGCCGGCCCAAACAACAGUGUAAGAUCGGCUUUAUACAAGAUGCUCUCGGCAACUGUAUCGAUAUUAAUGAAUGUUUGACUCUUGCUGCUCCCUGUCCUACUGGGCAGAACUGCAUCAACACAGAUGGCUCGUUUGCUUGCCAGAGGAGCGUCCUGAACUGUGGAAGAGGCUACCACCUGAAUUCGGCGAGGACCAGAUGUUUAGAUAUAGACGAGUGUUCAGGAAUCCCCCAGCCUUGUGGGGAGGGUCAUCUCUGCAUCAACUCCCCUGGAAGCUACCGUUGUCAGUGCCAGGUGGGCUACUACUUUGAUGGGAUCAGCAGAACUUGCGCAGAUGUUAAUGAAUGCCGCCGAUACCCUGGUCGCCUCUGUGCUCACAAGUGUGAAAAUACUGCUGGGUCAUAUUAUUGUAGCUGUACAAUGGGAUUCAAACUUUCAUCUGAUGGGAGGUCUUGUGAAGACCUAAACGAGUGCGAGAGCAGUCCCUGUAGCCAGGAGUGUGCCAACGUCUACGGGUCAUACCAGUGUUACUGCCGCCGUGGCUACCAGCUCAGCGACGUAGACGGGGUCACCUGUGAAGACAUCGAUGAAUGUGCUUUACCCACGGGGGGACACAUCUGUUCUUAUCGAUGCAUUAACGUGCCAGGCAGUUUCCAGUGCACCUGCCCCUCUUCUGGUUACAAGUUGGCCCCCAAUGCACGGAACUGCCAGGACAUUGAUGAAUGUCUUACCGAAGCUCAUACCUGUUCACACAACCAGACCUGCUUUAAUAUUCAGGGAGGGUUCCGCUGCCUUUCCCUGGAAUGCCCGGAGAAUUAUCGCAAAUCUGGAGAUACAGUCAGACACGAGAAGACAGAUACCAUUCGCUGCAUUAAAUCCUGUCAACCGAAUGAUGCUAACUGUGUCUUAGAUCCCAUUCACACGAUUUCCCACACUGUUAUCUCUCUGCCCACUUUCCGGGAAUUUACGAGACCGGAAGAGAUUAUCUUCCUUCGUGCCAUUACGCCAGCGUACCCAGCCAACAAGGCCGACAUCAUCUUUGAUAUAACGGAAGGAAACUUACGGGAUUCUUUUGACAUCAUCAAGCGCUACAUGGAUGGCAUGACUGUGGGUGUCGUUCGACAAGUGAAGCCCAUCUUCGGUCCUUUUUAUGCCACCCUGAAAUUAGAGAUGAACUACGUCAUUGGAGGGGUCGUCUCACACCGCAAUGUUGUCAACGUGCACAUCUUUGUCUCGGAAUAUUGGUUCUGAUGGGCUAUUUAAUGAAGAGAAGACUGCUUCAAAGGGGAACUCUACAAACUCACUGAAAGCUCUGUGUUCUUGGUGGGGGGAGGAUGUGGAGGAGGAGGACCACAUAGCCUUCUUUUCAAAGGAUGUAUCUGGUUUCUAGUUUAACUACAGGACAAAUAGCAAACUAUCUAAAAUAGAAGUAGGGUAUCAGUAUCUGUAAAUUCACGGUAGCUGUGUUGUGUUGCAUAUACAGGAUGGCCACGUUUUGUGUCCGAUGGCCUUGAACCUCUCGGUGAGUUUUAAACUCAGCUAAUCUUUCAAGUGCUUGAGGUAGGAUUUUGCAGAUCCGAGUCUUGCUGUCCUUGAUGCUUCCACGGCCUUGAACUUUGUGCCUGGCUAUGUUUUUUUUUUAAAUUGUAGAAAUUAAAAAAAAAUCACUUUGCCAUCUGGAGUUAGAACUAACUCCAGCUGAUAGAGUUUCUCCCUACAGGCCUUGGACCCUCUCCCUCCAGCCACCAACAGUGGUAAGUCCAGGGGGUCGCUUGGUAAUAUUUCGGUCCCCUGUCUUCGGUGGCUGUGUGUUUCUGUUUCUUUUCGAUUUGAAGUGUCAUUAAAGGGACUCUGGAGAACAAGCAAAGUGAAUGGUGGGAAAUUAAGCCCGAUCGUGCCUGAGAUCUUCAGCAUACAAAAAGCACGCACUCUCUCUGAUGCUGUAGCCAAGCCUAAGUACACAUCUCAAUCCAAGAAGAUCACGGCUAGUUCAGUGGGUAUCAGUGUUAAGGCACAGGAGGUUUGCUCCUCAAAGAGGACUCACAGUCUUCAGCUUAUCCAAGGGAGUUCUUUGGUUCUCUUUAAAAAGUAACCUCCCUUGAAAUUUUAAGUGUGGAAAAUGCUUUGUUGUAAUGGCUGGAAGCUGGGGAGGUGAGGCAGAUAGAAUUGCCUGCAUAAAUGUUGAGCAACUGUUGACACGAAAGAGUGAGAGAAGAAAAAGGCUUGGGAUAUCAACCCUGGGGCUGAAUAUAUGUGUGGCUCCAGCAUAUCCCAGGAGCCACAUCAGAGCUCUCUGUCCAGAAGAGUGCGGUGCUAAGAACAACUAAGAUCCUGUGCAGAACCCUCAAAAUCCCGGACCUCUGGUAGAGGACCCGAGGUUGAGAAAGACACACACCACCCAUUGGGGUGGGAAGGGAAUUUUAUAUGUUGAUUUCUGUGUUCUGCAAUACGCAAAUCUUCGGCAUAUAUAUGACUUCCUCCUUUUCUGCAAUAAAGCAACUUAUCUUACUA